AUGCUGACCACCCUGGGCCCGCUGCUCAGCCUUGCUCUCCCUGUGCUCGGGUUCCUCAUCUCCAUCAGCUACCCUGAUGGCAGUCAGUGCCAACGGGCCCUGCUCUCGGGCAACGAUGUCAUCCUGGGCUGCAACUCCUCCAGGGCACGCUGGUACUACUUCCUUCUGCAGGAGCCCGAACUGUCCAACCACAUCUCCGGUAUCUCCAACAUAGAAACGAGGCCCCAGGGCAGCAUUCUCAUUAAAAACCCGCAGCCCUCCCAGACGGGCUUCUACCGCUGCCACGAUGAGAACGGCACCCUCCUGGUGGAGUACGAGAUCGACUUCCAGGACGCCACCACCCUGCACAUCACACACAGAGACCUGGCCCAGGAGCCCCUGGAGAACGAGACCCUGAGCCUGGGAGGCAAGGAGCUCAUCUUCACCCGCUGGGAGCCCUGGCAGGACUGUAACCGCUGCGGGGUGCCGGGCGAGCGCAAGCGCCUGGGCUACUGCUACAUCCAGGGGCCCCUGGAGGAAGCCAUGCCCUGCAGGCUCUACCUGAGGGAGGUGACGAUGUGGUCCAACCGCAUUCGGCCGGAGCUACAGGUAGAAGCCUGUCAGGUGCCCUGCAAAAAGACGCAGCGCUUCGUGUCCCAGUACAUCUCCUUCGAGAGCUUCGAGCUCAACGAAGUGUCCGAGUCUGUAUGGCUCACCUGCCCUCUAGGAUCCAUCUACAGGCCCAUCCACUGGGAAGCCAACGGCGCCCUCCUGACCUGGCAGCGCCAGCUCUCCGGCCGGGACUUCGGCACCGCCCUGGACCCGGUCAACGGCGGCAGGCGGCUGCAGAUCUCCCAGCCGGCCAUUUACAAGUGCUUUGUGCAGCAGGAGCUCAUGGCGCGAUUCAACCCUCUGACCCCUCCGGAGGUGUGGGAGGCUCGGAGGAGAGAGGAUGCCCUGCAGCACCAGCAGCUGGAGUUAGGGGAGGCCCCGCCCGGCAAGACCCACUCCGUGCUGGAGGGGCUGAAGCUCCUGCUGCUGGCGAGCACGGUCCUGGCCCUGGUGGGAGCGCUGCGCAAGCUCCGCCGCCCUUCCCGCCGCAAAAGGAGCGACCAGUUGCUGCUGGUGAAAUAAAGCAAGGCCUCGGAGUGGACCCGGCCUCCCGGCCCUUCAUUGCCUCCGCUGUCCCUGCGGGAGCACCCACACCGUGCCCGCCCGGCCCCCGGCUCUGAGAUGCUGUGCAAAGUGGAACAGGCCUGCGGCAGCAGCACCCAGGGGCAACGGAGCUCUGUCCUGGGCCAGGUCCCGCUCUGCUAAUUCAUUAGUAAUUCCCAUUCCACAGAUGAGGAAACUGAGGCCAGACCUCGGUUCCCUCUGGAUCCAGGUCAGGUUGCCCGGGUCUAGCCCUGUGCUCCUCGGAGGAAGGGAGGGCUAGGAUGAGGGUCCUCAGGUGUGAUAAACUGCAGCCACCUCACGCACCCCACUCCCCCAAAGUUAAAGAUAGAUGGGGGGUGGGAGUGGGAAACACCCAGACCCCUAGCUCUCUGUCCCGGGCCUCUGCCUUGCCCUGCCACCCCAAAAUGUGCCUAGUGCGUUCAGAUCUAGCCACAUCUCCAUAUAAGCCGAAAGGUGACAUGCCUCCCCAUCCCCGCUGCUGCAGCAGAGAGAGCCCGAGAAGGGGAGAUCGGCCCCCACACAAGGCUCCAGGCCUGGUCCAGCCAGCCCAUGGGAAUUCUGGCUAUUUGCAGAAAUUAUUUGUGCUGUUAAGCAGAGUGCA